AUGGUCCCAACGCUUGACUGUAUCUUUGUUUCGGAGUUCGACAAGUCGAAAGGGCUCGAGAUCCGAAACCAGGUCCCGCAAGAGCCCGCCAUAGACGAGCUGGACAAUGUGGUGGAUCUUCUGAUGCCCCUGAAUUUACACAAGUAUCUCAACACAAACCAUUACACCUGGGUUCCUCUUUUUAUCGACGUUUCCACGGGGAAACUCCACUGGGACUCUUCAGAUCCAAAUUCUCAGAGAGUGUAUCUAUAUACACUGAGCUACUUCCAAAAAGAUGACACCUACAGAAACGGUACAGCUAUGGCUUUGUCGAUCUUGACAAGACUUCCUAUUUUCGACGUUUUCAAGCCUCUGAUGACAUAUCUGUUGCACAACCUACUCACCGGGGCAAACAAUGCCUCGAUCCUUAAGCAGGUGUAUAAAGAACUCAACAAGCUCAAAUUUGCGGAGCUGCUCGAGGCAUACCAUACAGGUAGCCACGCACGGUUCCUGUUUAGCAGGUUCGAGGAGUUCAACGUGCCGUUGCCCAAAUCGCUCGACCAGUUUUCGAAAUCAGGUCAUCUGGUCAAGACCCAUAUUGAAUUGGGCAAAACAAAGUUCCCGAUCCAGAUCCCAGCAUACUCACUCGUUUCAUCUGAAUUUGCCAUGUACGGAAUUGACUUGAAAAGGGAGCAGCUGUUGCGCCAAUUUUUAAUCAAGACAGGGGACUUGAAACUAGCUGACCACCACCUUUCUUCUUUGGUUCCGUACCACAACGUCAGACCCUUGCAUGUUCUUUUGAACGCCGUCAUUCUCAAAAAGAAGAUCAUUCUCUACUCGUACGACUCGUGCUACAACGAACUUGUCGACAUUCUUCAUGCUCUUCUCCUAAUUGUGGACGGCAAGUAUCCAUGCUAUCCUUUACUAGACUUAUCCACGAUCGAUCUGGUUUACACUUUGCCCCACUACAUUGUUGGAACUUCGAAUUUGCUGUUCAAAGAGAAACUCUCUUGGGACUUGUUUCUCGAUAUAGACUCCAACCAGCUGUACUGCAACGAUGAAAUAAUCCCACUGGAGAAAAAAAACAGCAAAAGAUCGUCGUCAGACUCAAAGAUCAAACAGCUCUUCAGAAGAAGUAGCAGCCAGCAGUCUUCAACCCCGAAACUUCCAAUCGAGAAGCUCAAUCUUGACGACUCUUGGAAUCCUGCAUUCCCAAAAGUCGAUCCUGAAAAGUCUGCCGAAUUCUUUGCUCCACCAACGGAAACCAACUAUUUCUCGUUAGGUUUCAAUUUCACUCCAUCAGUUCCUCCAAGCUCAGAGAUUCCUCGAUUCCAUGCAGUCUUCAAUAAUUCUGUUGACAACCUAAUCUCCGAGCAUCAUGGAGACCUUACAAUCUACCAGACACUAACAAGAUACGUUUAUGAACUUGAGAAUGUGGUCUUCCAAGCUUUCAGACUUCAUCUACACUCCGCACAGCUAAAAAGUUACCGUCAGUUCGCAAUCCUCAAGCUAGACGAAACCGAGUUUGAAGACUACACGUUGGAACCCGAACUUCUCCUCUUCAUUAGAGACAACCACAUUGUACUGCCUCUUGCUGUUGAUUACCCAUAUAAGCCAGAUUUUGCUCCUCCAGCCAAGGUACCGCUUUUCGAGCAUUACGAAGCUAUAGUCAAAGGAAACUCCAAUUUGUUCCCAACUUAUCAAAAGUUCACACCGACUUUACCACCCACGUAUUACUGGCUCAAUGGAUGUUGUUUUGAACUUGACCUGCGUGCUCUUGCUGAAACUGUCUCCUCUUUAAUUGAAAGAGGGACAGAUUCUGGUUUAGCCAAACGAAAGGUUUAUCAGCUGUUCAGAACUAUCAACCAAUUUUUAAAAUCCAGAGGACCAGAAUGUUUUGAGAGACUGCUGACUGCUCUUUAUAUUCAAGCAGAUGGUCCAAAGUCCUUUGAGAAACUUUUGAUAAUUGCAUCGAUCUACUACAAAGAAACAGACGCACGGUCUGACGAGGUGAUAAUCGAGUUCAAGCGGUUUUUGAGUCUGGUUUUGAACAAUAAAAUGUUCAACAUUUACUUACUACCUCAUCUGAACGACUUCAUCAAACUAAGUGUGAACGACUUUAUUGACUAUCAUAUGAAUUAG